GUAGUUUAAAUCUGUCACAAACGGCAUCAGUCUAGAACGUUUGCUCUUGGUACACGAACCCACACGCCUGUGCAUCAUUCAGGAACAGCAGGAAUAUGACAUCUCUAUCUGAGACCAUUGUGGAGUCUUGGUAGCGAACGCACAUUUAACCUCUCAUUUUAGGUAGUACUACGUUAACCACAAUUCCUUGCCGUCUCGUCGGAAACUCGCGAAGAGGUCAAAUACAAAACCGGUGCUUCAGAAAUGUUCAGUGGGGUUGAGUUCAGGUGACUGUGGAGCAAAGUCCAUGACAGUGGAAACUCCUCAUUCUUUGCUCUUCUUCAAGUAGUUCUUCAAAGCUUUGAGGGCCUCUGAUGGCUGGUCGGCUCCUGAAAGUUUCCUCUCUGGCCACAGCAGUGUUUGCCUCUUCUGGAUUUUACCUCUAUAACAGACAACUGGACCUCAAUGACCUGAGUAUCAUCCGCUUUGGACGUGCUGCAGCCACUACGGCGGUUAUCAGCUACGACUAUCUGACAGCUUUUAAACAAGUGGAAUAUGGCACAGAGGAGUACUGGUCUCUCAAGUCCAAGGUACAUCUACGAUCUGCAGAGCGUCUUCGGGACUUGUGCUGUGCCAACCGGGGAACCUUCAUCAAAGUGGGUCAACACCUUGGUGCUCUGGAUUACCUGUUACCCCAAGAGUACACUUCUACACUGAAGGUGCUCCACAGCCGAGCUCCUCAGAGCAGCAUGGAGGAGAUCCAGCAGGUCAUCAGGGAAGACCUCGGGAAGGAGUUGUCAGACUUAUUUGUCUCCUUUGAGGAGAAGCCGCAGGGUGCAGCCUCCUUAGCCCAGGUCCACAAGGCAGUGCUGCAUGAUGGGAGGACAGUGGCGGUCAAGGUCCAGCACCCCAAAGUCCAGAGACAAAGCUCCAAGGACAUAGUGGUGAUAGAGGUGCUGUUGAAGGCGGUCCAUUGGCUCUUCCCAGACUUCGGCUUCAUGUGGUUGGUAGAAGAGGCCAAGAAAAAUAUGCCACUGGAGCUGGAUUUCCUUAAUGAGGGACACAAUGCUGAGAAGGUGGCCAACAUGCUGGCCCACUUCCCUUUUCUCAAGGUUCCCAUGAUCCACUGGGAUCUUUCCACAAAGAGGAUCUUGACAAUGGAUUUUGCAGAGGGGGGGCAGGUCAACGACAGGGACUACAUGAGGAAACAUGGCAUUAAUGUCAAUGAGAUCUCAGAGAACCUUGGUAAGAUGUACAGUGAAAUGAUCUUUGUCCAUGGCUUCGUCCAUUGUGAUCCACACCCAGGCAACGUGUUGGUCCGAAAGUGUCCCCAGAGCAAGAAGACAGAGAUCGUUCUGCUCGAUCAUGGCCUAUAUCAGGUCCUGCAACCAGACUUCAGGUUGGACUACUGUCGGCUGUGGCAGGCUCUAAUUAAAGGCAACAUGUCUGGGGUGGAGCGUUACAGCCGCAGACUCGGAGCUGGAGAUCUGUACCCCCUCUUUGCCUGUGUGUUGACUGCUCGGUCCUGGAACUCUGUGAACGCCGGCAUCAGUUCUGUACCUGUCACGAACUCUGAGGAUGUUGAGAUACGGACCAAUGCAGCUCUCUACUUGCCCCAGAUCAGCGAUCUGUUGAACCGAGUGCCCCGGCAGAUGCUGUUGCUGCUCAAGACCAACGAUCUGCUGAGGGGAAUUGAGACCACAUUACAGACCAGAGCGGCCUCCUCAUCUUUCAUCAACAUGUCCCGUUGCUGCAUAAGAGCCAUGGCCAGGCACAAGAGGAGUAAGGCUCAGUCCAGGAUGAGGCGUCUGCAGAUCACGCUAGCGGAGUCACUCAGCCUGUGGAAGCUCUCGGUGUAUGAACUGUUUCUGUGGGUAAAAGGCUCCAUGGUGGUACACUGGCUCACUGCUCUGUUGGCAUUUCUGCACUGAGCCACAUCUGGACGUCACACUGGAACAUUAGCAACAGGCUGAAAGUGUGAGCUCUCAAGGGGUUUUCAAUACACACAUCAACACAUUUUGAAUAUGUGCCCAUACACGUCCACAUGAAUGAGUUCCACUUAUGUUAAUGAUACAAAUGUAACCGUGGUGUAUACAUGGACACAAGCUGUCCUAGGACACCAGAAGCAGCUGUGGCUGUUUUUUUUUGUUUUUUUGUUGUUGUUGUUUUUCUAUUUUCUGGCUGUUACAUUACCUCAAGAUUCAAAGCUGUCUUCUCAGCAGAGUUGAGAUAAACAUUUUCUUUUAUGACAGUGACAUAAUUUCUACUGAUAUACUUACUUAUUUUAAUGGUACAGCUGUCAUGUUGUGAGUUUAUGGUCGUGGUCUCAUUGACCAUGUCUGUAAUUAUAGGCUUAAUGCAGCAUUGGGUCAAUGGAUAAACUGUAGUUUGUCAAGAAAUCGUUUUAGCAUGUAACACUAGCCAUCUCCCCCUGCUUCCACUUUUUAUGCUGUAUGGUAAAGUCUUUAGCUUCAUAUUUAACUCACAAUAUGACACUGGCAUCUAUCUCGUCAUCUCACUUGCAGACCAUAAAAUUAUGGUAUAUAUUAAAGUAGAUUAUGAUUAUUACUUGGGACACCAGAAUUUCUAAACUAAUGCGAGUACAUCCAGUUGAGAUGUAGUAGUCAUGACCUUGAGAUAAGACAAUAAGAUACUAUUACUUCUAUUUUCAUAUAGGCAGCCUUUAAACAUUUCACCACAGCACAUGUAACAAGAUGCCAAAUCGGUCACCAUCACUUCGAUCUCAUGACAACAGAAUCAAAUCCCCUCACACUAAUUGUACCAACAAGGUGACAAAGACUGCUGAAAACCUGAUAUGAAGAGUACACCACCAGUCAAAGGUUGUCUUUAUGAACUGUAACCACUGUAGAGGUGAUUUGUAGUAUAGUCAUGAUGAUACAACAUACAUAAAUGAUGUUGGACUACUGAUUCAUUCCUGCUCCUCAACAAAAUACCUCAGAAUGAAGUUUUGCAGGUUAUGGCAGAAUUUUCUGGUGAAGCCGAAUGCACUGCAUGCUCAACUAGGUUAGAGUUUUGCAUUAUUAUGAAUAGUAAUGGAUCAUGUUUACCAUUUCAGUGAUACUGUUUUCAGAUCAAAUACAGUGCACUCAUUCCUCAAGCAAAGCCGUUUUUCAUUGUUGUUACUUAUAGAAGUGUUGUCCUUCAGAACACAAAUGGGAUCUUCUUGAGAUAAAUCUUAGCCAGUGUGAACUGUAACAGCUGAUAGUGUGGCUCAGCCCUCUCUAGUUCACUGCCUUGUUUGAGUUUUUAUUUUAUUAUUAUUUUUUAUUUUUAUUUUUUCAUUUUUUUCUUUUUUUUUUAGAAAGUGACUUUAACUUUAUAUUACUAUACGCCCGACUUUCUCUCCGUCAGUGUUGUUAUUGCUGUCUCCAUUUACCUUGUGAGGACUUGCUCAUUUCAUUCUUACAGAAACAUGUAAUGUUGAUGGUUUGGUUCAGGGACACCAUUUCAGAACUUCCCUGUAUGUCACAAUGUUACAGCAGUCCAGGGAUGAACUGAUUUCAGGUUGCACUCAUAGUGAAAACCUUAAUGAAGGAGGCUACACCAGCAGUCAAACAUUGGUUGCAGGUUCACCAGUUGAUGGACAUACAUCAGUACAGCAAGACAAAGUCACAGUUAAUGCAGUUUAUGUCUGAGCCACUCUGUGCCACAGCUAUAGUCUAUGGCCCAAUCUAUUGUGUGAUGUUGAGAUUUGCCAAAUUAGGAAAUGAGAGUAGCAGGAAAAGGAUUUGCUGCUUGGUCCUAAUUCACUCCUUUUUUUGCUACAUAGUGCGCUCUACUUGUCAUUUUAUUUAUUAUUUACUUUAUAGCGUUUUAAAAAACUGACCCAAAAUGUACUUUUCUUUUUGUCCCACAGGCCACCUUUCAUCUACCUAUGGAAUAAGUAUUGUAGAGAUUACAUACGCUUAAGGGUUCCUUUUUGAUUCUGUCUGUACUGUCUCUAUCCAAACUUUGGAAAUAGUUAUUUUAUUUUAUUUUCCAUAAAGACAGUUGCCUUUUAUCUUUGUUACAUAUUAAAGUUUCUUAUAUAUUAUUUGGCAAGCCAAAAUUGUCCAUCAUUUAAUAAUUGAUCAAUUAAAAGAAAACAAAGAAUGUUACAA